AUGGUGAACGUUAUAGAUGGCAGCGCGAAGCACGUGCCACAGGAAAUGGAACAGUUCCUGCCCGGCGGCGGCACCAACAAAUACAAGAUACAGCCACGCAAAUCAGAUGCCGAGCAGGCCUUGGCUAACAAUGAUUUCGACCCGUUUACAAUGCGCGAAAAUGAGCAUCCCACUACCGAUAAUGAAACUUUGACGCAUUUGCUGAAGGCCUCGCUGGGAACUGGCAUUUUGGGCAUGCCAUAUGCGUUUAUGUAUUCCGGCUUGGUUAUGGGCAUCUUUGCCACCAUCCUUACUGCCUUCAUCUGCACGCACUGCAGUUACGUGCUGGUCAAAUGCGGUCACAAGCUGUACUAUAAAACACGUCGCACCAAGAUGACAUUUGCUGAAAUCGCUGAAGCUGCAUUCCAGAAGGGUCCAAAGAGUCUGCGCGGCUUUGCGCCCGUGGCAAAGUUUUCCAUACUGUUUGGCCUGUUCCUCACCUAUUUUGGCACCUGUUCCGUCUACACGGUCAUCGUGGCCAAGAACUUCGAGCAAGUGCUGGUGCAUUGGACGGGACGCGACAUUGAGCCGCGUGUGAUCAUCUGCAUAAUGCUCGUGCCAUUGAUCCUGAUUGCCUGGGUGCCCAAUCUCAAGUACCUGGCGCCCGUUUCGAUGGUUGCCAAUGUCUUCAUGGGUCUCGGCCUGGGCAUCACAUUCUACUAUCUGGUCCAGGAUCUGCCGCCAAUCGAGGAGCGCUCCCUCGUCACCCUGUCUACGCUGCCCGCCUUCUUCUCCAUAACCAUUUUCGCCAUGGAGGCCAUUGGCGUAGUCAUGCCGCUGGAAAACAAUAUGAAGACGCCCAAGAACUUCCUCGGCAUUUGCGGUGUGCUCAGCCAGGGCAUGUCUGGCGUCACACUGAUCUACAUGCUGCUCGGUUUCCUUGGCUAUCUGCGCUAUGGCAGCGAGACCGGCGAGAGCAUCACACUGAAUCUCCCCAUCGAGGAAUGGCCCGCCCAGGCUGUAAAGGUAUUGAUUGCCCUGGCCGUCUACUGCACAUUCGGACUGCAGUUCUUCGUGUGCCUGGAGAUCGUCUGGGAUGGCAUCAAGGAGCGCUGCACCAAGCGUCCCAUUUUCGUCAACUAUGUGCUGCGCACCGUUCUGGUAACUGCUGCUGUAGUGCUGGCCGUUUCAGUGCCAACCAUAGCGCCGUUUAUGGGCCUGAUUGGCGCCUUCUGCUUCUCCAUACUCGGCUUGAUCUUUCCGGUUAUCAUUGAGCUUGUCGUUCACUGGGAUUCCGGUUUUGGUCCUGGCAACUGGAUACUGUGGAAGAACAUCAUCAUCAUGCUGUGCGGCGUUGCGGCCCUUAUCUUUGGCUCUCUGUCGGCCAUUCAGGAUAUCAUGAAGGUUUACAGCGGGUCCACGGAAGCCCAAUAAAUGAUUGGGAAAAUGAGAAUAUAUGGAAAUAAUCUCCUGUGCGUAACACAAAAACAAAAGACAA